AUGAGUAAAUUUCCAAUCCCAAAGCCAAGUGCUAUUAAAUCUCAGCUCACAACUAUACCUUCAGCUAGUUCCUAAUUUUCAGACAAUUCUGUUGAGGUGUCUUAGCUUAACUCUCACAUGCUACUUGGAGAGGAGGAAUCAGAGAUUUCCUAGCUAUCUGAGAUUGAACCUAGCUUGCCAAAUUUAUCUUAGAUAGAGACUCCAGUAAAUGAAGCGAACACUUAAUCUUAAAAUGAGAAGAUGGAAAUUGAUGAUCCUGAAUUAAGUAAAUAAUAACCAUUAGAAGAUUGCCAAAAUAUGUUCAAUAAUGAUGAGCUAGAAUUUGAUAAGGAAAAGGAAGAAGGCGAUUAAGAAGAUGAGCAAUUUGAUGAAAGCUUAGAUAUUGAUAGGCAUGUUCAGCGCUUUUCCCCUAUAUCACCUGAUUCUACCUUAGAUAAUCAGACAUAGAGAUCACUGUUUAGAAAAGAUGUAAUGCUAACUUAGGUAUCCUCAAUAAAAUCAUUCGGAGAUGAGCUUAGUCAUCUUACUCAGAAUAGAAGCAAACAGAGGGAAGACAAUAAACUAGAUACUAAUUAGGAAUAGCAAGAAGAAACUGAGGACUAGUCUAAUUAGCAAAGGCAUGAUUAAAAAUCUAAUGCAAACAUGAUGCAGAUUAAUUGCAAUGCUAAUGAUGAAAAUAGCUUGGACAUACUCUUAAACGAUAAGAUAGAUAAAGAAAUGAAGCAUUCUUUAGAUUAAACAUUAACUGACUCUUUAGAAGAUAGCCUACCUCCUUAGGCUAAACACACUCCUAAUUAGGCUAAAAGAGAAAAAAAGCGAUAGCAGAAGCAAGCUGAUAAAUCUUAAAAGGAUAAUAAUCAAGCCUGUGAGAAUUAAGAUAAUUAGGCUUAGGCAUAGAGUAAAAAUUCAGGCUCAAGUAGUAAAAGUUAAACUAAUACACCUGCCAAAGGGAAAAUAAUAAUGGAGAUAAACCCAGAUAAAACUCCAAAAAAGAGGAAAAAGAGAGGGUAAAAGUACAUCGGACUUAUUAUAAAGAACAAAGGUUAAAGUGUUGUUGAGUGCUAAUAAAAACCAGAAUCAACAAUCAAACAAAGUAAUGAUAGUCAAAAGAGAAGCAGAGGAAGAAAAUCAAGAUCUGUUUCAUAAGCACAUCUUAUUUUUGAAAUUUAAAGGGUCAAAAAAAGACAAAAUCCAGCCAUACCCACGAAUAUAUUAAGCGAAAAAGUAAAGAGUGAAAUGAAGCAAGACUAAAGUGAUUACACCACAUAGUCAGAAGUAGAUCAAAAUACUGUAGAGUAAUCAACUGAGAGGUAAUUAACAACAAACACUGCCUAGCCUUCAUAAUAAAGACAAGUUUAAACUGAGACUUAAAAAUCACAUUCACAUCUUUACUAAACUUGUCAAGAUGAUGAUUAGCACUCAAAGUCGCCAAGUUUAUCUUAAUUACUCAGCUAAGCUGCAGCUGCACACGAUAUCAAAAGCUACUUGACUAAUAAUUCAAAUAGGAAGAGUUCUUAAUAAAAUCAAACUCAACAAAAUGCAAUAAAUAAGGCAGUUGAAGUUGAGUCCAAAGAAGCUGGAGAGGCAAUGCAAAUCAAUUAGGAUUCUGAGGAAUUAUAAAGUGAAGUAAAUGAUGUUAGCAAUGAUGAUAUGGAGGAUGAUUAAAAUGAUAGUAACGAGGAAUAAGCUAAUAAAAUUACUACUACUGUAUAAAGUGAUUAAAAGCAGAAUGUCAAUCAUAGUAUAAUAAAUGAGACUUAAGCUUCUGUUAAAUCUAUAAAGCGUGGGAGAGUGCAACGAUCUCAGACUUAAGACUUGAAAAUGUCUGAAAAAUAAACACAGCCAACAUAUAUCAAAGUAGAAAAUGCUGAAUACCCAACAAGUCACCUGGUUUAUUCCAAAACAACAUUACAACCAAAAGAUAUUUCCAGACAGCUCAAAAGAAUAAAGAAGUGCUUUUGCAUGGCUAUUGAAGGUUUAAUCGAAGUACAGAAGUGUGUAGUUCAAAACACAAUUCAGUAUGAAGGGAGAGAUCAACUAUUUGUGGACUUAACUAAAUGUGCUAAUGCAGAUUUUAGAGGAAUACAAGAAAGCAUCAUCAGCACAUCUGCUAGUAAAUCUCUAUCCCUUUAAAGAAAUACAGGUAAAACACCUUUGUAACUCUAACUAGUUCAACCGAAGAGGAGAGGUAGGCCUCCUAAAAAUGGCAACAGUUAGGGCCAUUUAUAAAUUGACACUAACUAAGGCUUCAACAAUUUAGUCCUAGAUGAACAAAUUAUCAAGAAUACUUAAAUUGAAUCUGCUUUUCAAGAAGUGCUUAACAACUAAAACUAGCAAUAAAUUCAUUAGUUGCAGCCUUAAAUGAGUAAUUAUCCUGCUAUGGCUUACUAAAGACAGAUAAGAAGAGGUCGAAAAGGAAGACCACCCAGAAGAUCUCAUUUAAGUCAAUAGAUUACGACCUAGCCUUCAAUAUCUGAUGGAAACAACUUAUUACUGAACUAGCAUAAUCCUUAUUACUAUUAUGCUGGGAACACUCAGCAUAAUCCAUUCUGUGGAUUAAUGAUUGGUGGAAUGAUUGAUGAAUCUUAGCAGUUAAACAGCUCAGCAGUAGCUAAUUUGCAGUAGCAACUUGGAAUAUAAAUGGGAAUAGAUAUAAGUCACAUGAUUAAUAUCAAUGCAAAUAACGAUCUUAGAAAUAAUAACAAUGGCUUGAUUUGA